GAGUUGGGAGAUGUCAGCCUUCUGGGAGGGGGUGGGGGGAGGAGGAAGAGGUGGGGCUCUGCUCUGAUUAAUUACCUUAGGCAUUCAGGGGUGGGGCUUCCUUCAGCCAUCUGCCCGAGAUAUGGGAGGGAGCUGGAGAAAGAAGGAGGGGGAGAGACUGCCAGAGAGGAAGAGAAAAGAAAGGAAGAAACAUUAGAAAGAAAAAGGAAGGAAAACGGUAUAAAGGGAGAUCAAUUACUGGCCCGUAAAUAGCUGGAUUGGGGGGGAGGGGGGGAAAGAAAGCUGUGGAGGUGUGCCCCAGCACGGCCGCUUUGAAGGGUUUUUCAUCUAUUCUGUUUGGUUUAUGGAGAAAAAGAAAAUGGUAACUCAGCAAGUACUUACUGAGAGCUUUUAAGGCCAUCACUGGGGAUACAAAAAUGAACUAGACCUGAACAUUUACCUGCCCUCAAUGAGUUCAUGUUCUAUAAAAACAACAGGGUAACCAGGAGCCAACAACAACUCCUGACGCAAUGGUUCAGCCUUUUACUACAAUCCCAUUUCCACCACCUCCACAGAAUGGAAUUCCCACAGAAUAUGGAGUGCCACACACUCAGGACUAUGCCGGCCAGACCAGUGAGCAUAACCUGACACUCUACGGAAGUACGCAAGCCCAUGGAGAGCAGAGUAGUAACUCGCCUAGCACACAGAACGGAUCUCUUACGCAGACAGAAGGUGGAGCACAGACAGACGGCCAGCAGUCACAGACACAAAGUAGUGAAAAUUCAGAGAGUAAAUCCACCCCCAAACGACUGCAUGUCUCUAAUAUUCCUUUCCGCUUCCGGGACCCUGACCUCCGACAGAUGUUUGGGCAGUUUGGCAAAAUCCUAGAUGUAGAAAUAAUCUUUAAUGAACGUGGCUCCAAGGGAUUCGGGUUCGUAACUUUCGAGAAUAGUGCUGAUGCAGACAGGGCCAGGGAGAAAUUACACGGCACCAUGGUAGAGGGCCGUAAAAUCGAGGUGAAUAAUGCUACAGCACGCGUAAUGACCAAUAAAAAGAUGGUCACACCAUAUGCAAAUGGUUGGAAAUUAAGCCCAGUAGUUGGAGCUGUAUAUGGCCCCGAGUUGUAUGCAGCAUCCAGCUUUCAAGCAGAUGUAUCCCUAGGCAAUGAUGCAGCAGUGCCCCUGUCAGGAAGAGGGGGUAUCAACACUUACAUUCCUUUAAUCAGUCUCCCUUUAGUUCCUGGCUUUCCUUACCCUACUGCGGCCACCACGGCAGCGGCUUUCAGAGGAGCCCAUCUGAGGGGCAGAGGGCGGACGGUAUACGGUGCAGUCCGAGCGGUACCUCCAACAGCCAUCCCCGCCUAUCCAGGUGUGGUUUACCAGGACGGAUUUUACGGUGCUGACCUCUAUAUAGAAUCUGCAAACUGCUUCAGAUCAAACAGGGUGGAUAUGCAGCCUACAGAUAUGCACAGCCUGCUACUGCAACCGCAGCCACAGCUGCUGCAGCCGCUGCAGCAGCUUACAGCGACGGUUACGGCAGGGUGUACACAGCCGACCCCUACCAUGCCCUUGCCCCUGCCGCUAGCUAUGGAGUUGGCGCUGUGGCGAGUUUAUACCGAGGUGGCUACAGCCGAUUUGCCCCCUACUGAAGUGACGUGAGACCCCUGCAAGUGGGACAGCCCCCAGUUCAUGAGGCCUGGCUAUUGCAAUAUUUACUAGUAGAGGAA